AUGUCAGAUGAUGUCAAAUACAACGAUGAAAACCCCAGGACGGAGGCAGGAGGGAGCGCGCAGCGCAAGGCUGAGUCCAGCGUGUCUGGUGACAGCGUGACCAUCCCGGCCGAGACGAAGUGGACCCCGCCACCCUCCAGGUCGUUCACCAGCCGGCCUACGGAAUUUGCACUCUGCACCCCAACUCCGAGCCGGGUCCCCCAGCGCCACAGCAGCCCAGCCCUUGUGCCUUCGCAGGUGGCGCAAACGCCCCUGCCCUCCGGCGCCCCCUGCCGGGGAGAGAGGCGGCGGCGGCGGCGGGCGCGGAGGAGCCGGGCGCAGGCGGCGACGGGGCAGCUGGGCAAGAGCCUGGGUCCGCUGCUGCUGCUCCUGGCGCUGGGACACACGUGGAGCUACCGCGAGGAGCCUGAGAACAGCGACAGGGAAGUCUGCUCAGAAAACAAAAUCGCCACAACCAAAUACCCGUGUCUGAAGGCCUCGGGCGAGCUCACCACGUGUUUCAGGAAAAAGUGCUGCAAAGGGUAUAAAUUUGUUCUCGGACAAUGCAUCCCAGAAGAUUAUGAUGUGUGUGCCGAGGCCCCCUGUGAGCAGCAGUGCACAGAUAACUUCGGCCGCGUGCUGUGUACUUGUUACCCGGGAUACCGCUAUGACCGUGACAGACACCGGAAACGGGAGAAGCCCUACUGCCUGGAUAUCGACGAGUGUGCCACCAGCAAUGAGACUCUGUGUGCACACAUCUGUGUCAACACCUUGGGCAGCUACCGCUGUGAAUGCCGGGAGGGCUACAUCCAGGAGGACGACGGGAGGACAUGCAUCAAGGGAGACAAAUACCCCAAUGACACUGGGCACGAUGAGAAGGCGGAGAACGCGGUGAGAGCCGGAACCUGCUGUGCUUCAUGCAAGGAGUUUCACCAGAUGAAGCAGACGGUGCUGCAGCUGAAGCAAAAGAUCGCCCUGCUCCCCAACAGUGCCGCCGACCUGGGCAAGUACAACACUGGUGACAAGGUGCUGGCCUCAAACGCCUACCUUCCAGGGCCUCCUGGCCUGCCUGGGGGUCAGGGCCCUCCUGGCUCACCAGGACCAAAGGGCAGCCCAGGCUUCCCGGGUAUGCCGGGCCCUCCUGGACAGCCGGGCCCACGGGGCUCAAUGGGACCCAUGGGACCAUCUCCUGAUCUGACCCACAUUAAGCAAGGCCGCAGGGGCCCUGUGGGCCCACCAGGUGCACCAGGAAGAGAUGGCUCUAAGGGGGAGAGAGGAGCUCCUGGACCCAGAGGGUCUCCGGGGCCGCCUGGUUCUUUCGACUUCCUGCUGCUGAUCCUGGCUGACAUCCGCAACGACAUCGCCGAACUGCAGGAGAAGGUAUUCCGGCACCAGAUUCACUCUUCCCACUCUUCGGCAGAGGAGUUUUUACCUCAGGAAUUUGCCAGCCAUCCGGAGACCAUGGACUUGGGCUCUGGAGACGACUACUCUAAGGGGACUGAGACAGGAGACGUGGGGACCCCCAGGGACUUUUAUCCUUAGCACAUAACAGCAUCUUCAUGCCAGAGGAAGAGAAGUUUUCACACCUGCAGUUAAAUCAUCUAAAGAGAAGACAAGAAAACAAAACCCACCACUGGAGACCUAGACAAGAUACACUUUAAUGAUCUUUGCUCUUUUCCUGCCUUCUCCCUACUUUUUUUCUCCCAAGUACUAUUUUCAUAAGCCCCUACUAGAGGUUCUGGUUAUAUGAGGGAGUAAAUGAUUGGUUUAUAUCCCUCCCUCUGAGAGCAGUUGACAUUAGAACUGCUCUUUUAUUUAUUUAUAUUUUUUGGAACUUCUGGGUUUCUGAGUUAAAUAUUCUCACAGUAUCUUAAGUUUGACAGAAUAAAAGGGAAAAGUGGCAAAGUGAGCUCCAAGAAAUGUUAGAUUACUUAUUUAAAAAAUUAGACAUGUGUCCAAAGGAGACUAUUACUCCUCAGUAUCAAAUAAGGCUCUUCAAUGAAAAGGGCAAGACAACAGUGUAUAUUUACUUUGGUGGAUAAUUCUUUGUCCUUGUUGAUCUAAUAGAUAUUCAAUAUUCUAGCCUCUUGUCCAACCUCACUUCCCAAAUUCAAUUAAAGAAAGGAGAGAGUGAAGAAGGAACAGUUAGGGAAGAUGGAGAAAAUUAAUCAUAAUAUUUACUGCUAUAUAGGUUGCUACAUUCUAAAUUCAAAUACAACUAUUAAAUGUUCAUGCCAUGCUUGUCUAUAAGUAUCCUCCUCAGAAAAGGAAGUUACCUAGAUAUAGGACUAAGUCUUCUUUUCAAAAAAGAGAAGUAAAUAAAGCACCCUGAUUCACAUUAGGAUAAUGGGUCCCUGUUUUGCCAGGACAUUUUAGAGCUGUUUGAUCAAACGAGUGGGCCUGUUCAGUAAAUCACAGAUUAUCGGUUGGACAAAGGUGGAUGACCCUUAGAGAGAGUUGCAGAAAUUCCCAGGCUCUGACUGGGUGCCCAUUAAAAAAACAGAGGUGCCAUUAGGCUAUGAUUCAGGUUGGGUUGAUGCACAAUGGGACUCAGGGCUAGAAGGAGGUAGCUGGCUCAGGUUGUUGGCUAGGGGGAGGGGAAUCUUGGGCAGGGACCCCACUAACCACAGAGACAAGUAAUGAGCUUUCCUCGGGGAUUAGAAGUCUUCAUCUGGGGCCAGCCAAGCUUGCCAGCAUAGAGAAUUAUACACUAUUGAAAGUUCUAGAUGUGGAAGGGG